AUGGAUAUUGAAUAUACAGUAACAGAAAAUAUCGCUCGAAAUCGUUCUGGACAAAUCAUAUCAAUAGAUUAUUCAUUUGAUGAGAUACUUGUUAUUGAAACACCAAGUUCCUCAUCAUCAUCAGGUAUAACAAGACAAAAUAAAGAAAAACGAAAUCGUUCAUAUGAUGUUAAAGUAACACGUGAACAAUAUCAAUCAAUUAUUGGUCAAAAAAGAGAUAGUUUAUCAUUUGAUGCAUUUGUUGAUGUUUUACGUCCUUUUAUAAUGGGUUAUUAUACAGAUGAUGAACUUGAACAAGCUUUUUAUAGAUUAGAUCGUGAUCGAUCAGGUACAAUACAUUUAGAUGAAUUAAAUUGUUUUUUACCAAUAUUAAAUGAUACAAUCAAUAAUAAUAAUUUACAAGAUUAUGUACGAAAAGUUGAUGAAAAUUUUGAUGGUACAUUGAAUUAUGAUGAAUUUCGUACACUUGUUUUACGUGGUAUUGGCCGAGAUAUUAUUUGUAAUCAUAUAUAA